GCUGACAAGGCAGAGGCAGAAGCAGAGGAAGUGAACGCGCGAUUGGUGCAGGCGGAAGCGCAACUUCAAGCUCUGCGUGUGACCUCCAAUGUGAUGAUGACGGGCAAGGCCUCUCCCGCAGAUUCUGCUUUCGUCCCGCCUUCGAUAUCUGACCAUGAAGGAGAGGACACUGCUACUGCAGAUGAAAGAGCUCCCCCGUCGCCUUCGCCACCCGCGCCUCCGCGAAAACCACCAGAGCGUGGCGGCGACGUCUCGGCAGGUCAACGGCUCUGAUGAUGACGAUGUCGUCAUGGUUGAGCCCGACAGCCCACCGAAGACUCAGGAGGUUAAGAGGAAGAGGGGGCGUCCGAGGAAGAAACGGCCUGAGGAAGACGAGGUUGAAGUGGUCGCCAAACCCGCUACGGAUCGUAAGGGGAAGCGGAAGGUCAAUGACACGCACGAAUCCGACGACGAACCACCUCUGAAGAAGAACAAGGGGAAGGCCAAGGACAAAGAUGAGGUUGACGCUGACGACGAAGAACCCCCUAAGGCGAAGGCGAAGGCGAAGAAGCCCGCCGCCUCCGCUACUCUCAACAAGGGCAAGCCGGGACGUAAGGCCAGCGUCUCGACAGCAGCUCCUGCCCCCGCGGUGGAUGGAGAUGAUGAAGAGCAUGUACCGACGCCGGUCAAGAAGAAACGGAAAAUCAACUUGUUCCCGUCUUCGCAGCCGGUGUCGUUCGAUUGGAACCAACUUCCGCAGGGCGGCGGAGGGCUCGACAUCCCGAAGACGUUGUCACCGGUCAAGGAGACAGAUACAGUUCCCCCGAGAUCUGUGUUCGGCGGCAGAGGAAGUUCGGGCUUUGGCAGCUUCGGUAGUUUGGGUGGCCGGCGCUAAUUCAGACGUUCAAGUUGACGGGUGCGGGUCUGUGUACAACCAUGAAUUCCCCUCCCCACUGGCAUUCUAUGACAUAUUUCUGUAGUAUGUCGUGGACGCGCUAUGCGCA